AUGAUCUUUCCACUCUACACCUUGCUCUGUCUCUCUGCCGUCAUCUCAGCAGGUCGAAUUCCGCAGCUCUCUCCCCAAAGCAAUGCUCAAGAGGUAUUACUGUUGAACACCAGAGUCCCCGUUCAACUCGGCGUUAUGAGCCGCUGCCCCGACGCUUUGUUAUGUGAAAGUCGGUUCAAUCAGGUUUUGGACCAAGUCAGCGACAAAGUUGACCUUUCUCUGGUCUAUGUUGCGAAGUUGGACUCUUCCCAACCCGACUUUGGUGUUUGGUGCAUGCAUGGUCCCGAUGAGUGCGCUGGAAAUGUUCAGCAGCUCUGUGUCGCGAAAUAUGCGCCCCCGGAAAAUUGGUGGGAGUUCGUUCAAUGCCAAAACUAUCAAGGCCGCGAAAAUAUUGGCGAUUCGGAUGUUGCCCUUAAAUGUGCAAAAACAGCCAGAAUCGAUUGGGAGAACGGAGGGGCAGGAUACUGCGCUGGCCUUGAUGGAAGUGGAAGGGGAAGAGAGGGAGUUCAGCUGCUCAAGGAAAGCGCAUCCCUGGGUCAAGAGUUGGGGAUAAUAAAAAGUUGCACAAUCCUCAUAAGUGGCCGGAAGGUCUGUGUCCAUGAUGGAACAUGGAAGGAGUGUGAGAAAGGACACACAGUUAAUGAUUUUGUAAGACAAAUUGAGGAAGAAUAUGAAAGGCUCAAUAGGAAAUGA